ACCCGACCCAGACGCGGGCAGCACCUGGACUCGUCGCUGUCUCGGGACUUGGGCAGCCCCACAGCGCUCCGGCUCCUCCUCCUCUUCCUCUCGCGACCGCCCUCCGCAGCGAUGGACGGAGACGGUGACCCAGAGAGCGUGGGCCAGCCGGAGGAGGCGAGCCCGGAGGAACAGCAGGAGGAGGCGUGCGCGGAGGAGGCGAGCGCCGGGGAGGAGCGGCCGGAGGAGGAGGAGGAGGCGACGUCGUACCUGGACGAGCUGCCCGAGCCGCUGUUGCUGCGCGUGCUGGCGGAGCUGCCGGCCGCAGAGCUCGUGCAGGCCUGCCGCCUGGUGUGUAUGCGCUGGAAGGAGCUGGUAGACGGCGCCCCCCUGUGGCUACUUAAGUGCCAGCAGGAGGGGCUGGUGCCCGAGGGCGGCGCAGAGGACGAGCGCGACCACUGGCAGCAGUUCUACUUUUUGAGCAAGAGGCGGCGAAACCUGCUGCGCAACCCGUGCGGGGAAGAGGAUUUGGAGGGCUGGUGUGACGUGGAGCACGGUGGGGACGGCUGGAGGGUGGAAGAGCUGCCUGGAGACUGUGGGGUGGAAUUCAUCCACGAUGAGAGCGUAAAAAAGUUCUUCGCCUCCUCCUUUGAGUGGUGUCGUAAAGCGCAGGUCAUUGAUCUGCAGGCUGAGGGCUACUGGGAGGAGCUGCUGGACACCACUCAGCCGGCCAUCGUGGUGAAGGACUGGUACUCGGGCCGCAGCGACGCCGGCUGCCUGUACGAGCUCACGGUGAAGCUGCUGUCCGAGCACGAGGAUGUGCUGGCCGAGUUCAAUAGCGGGCAGGUGGCAGUGCCGCAAGACAGCGACGACGGUGGCUGGAUCGAGAUCUCCCACACUUUCACGGACUACGGUCCCGGCGUUCGCUUCGUCCGCUUCGAGCACAGUGGACAAGACUCGGUCUACUGGAAGGGCUGGUUCGGAGCCCGGGUGACCAACAGCAGCGUGUGGGUGGAGCCCUGACUGACCACGCCUCCAGCUUCCCCCAGCUGCCCUAGAGCGGCAGAGGCCUGGGGUAGAUUGGCCUUAGUCUGUAGCAGCCACACUUUCCCCACCUCACGCACUCCUCUCCCGCCCCUUACUCCACGCCCAGUCCCCACACAGGUAGAGAAGGGUUUUGUUGGCAUAUAUUUGCAUCUGAAAAAUAAGAUGGGUGAGGGCUUGGGCUUGGGCUGGGCCUAUCACUGAAUCCCCCACACCUAGCACAGUGCCUGCCACAAAGUGGGUGUUCAAUAAACAUUAUUUGUCCAAGGAAGAAAUGAAUGAACAAACGGAUGAAUGAA